UCCCAAACACAGACGAGCGUCAAUUGGAAGGACAUUAAUGGCAUAAACAAGCCCUUGACAUUUGCCAUCUUUCAAUGAUCCCUUCUUCUCCAUCAGCACUACCCACUUCCUUCGAUCCCGCCAUCCACCUCCACUCUGAAGUCUCCCAUACCGCGUUGCAAGAGGACCCGCCGAUACCAGAAUCCUUCUCAGACGACGUCGAAGCAUUACAUCUUCACCGUUUGGAGCAGGCUCACAAUAAGGUUGUUAUUCGACAUCGCGCUUGGAACCUAUCAGACGUCUUCCGCAGUGAUGAAGAUAUAAGACCAUGUCAGUUAGAGAAAGAAACCCCAAACUAGUUCCGUUCCGUUUCGGGAUAGCCAAAAGCUGACGCUGUCUGUAACAGACACUCCGACGAAAUCAUAUACUAGACGGCGCACUCCUUCUGCUAGAACGAACGUUGAUUCUCCCGUUCUUCCCUCUUCGCCGCCAAUCAUAAAUAAUAUGCAGUUCAUGUCAUCCCCCGGUGUGCUUCCGCCCAGGGCCCAUUCGCCUACGGAACAGCAGAAAAGGAAAAUUGACGAAGGAGUAUCACAAGAUGCCGAACCUAAGCGGCAGAAGAUAGUCGGAGGAUUUUUGGAGGAAGAAGAUGAUGACGACGCUGAUGCUGAUGAGCUAGCCACGUUUGAUGAUGCGCAUUUGGGGAGUCAAUUCGAGUUUCAAGACCGGCCCGACGGUCAGGUGCCGCUGGUCCUAGAAUCGACACAAAGCUCCCUGAAACCAGAUACUGCUGACUUUCCUAAUUCGACCUCCAUCUUAAAUGCUUCAUCGACCGAUUCUUUCGGGUCUUCAAGAACACCGCACCGGGGGAUCAACAUCAAAACGUGCUCGGGGAAAGUACACCAUAUCCCGGUAAGGGUGGCUAAAGAGCGUAUUUCAUACGAACGUCUCGUUGCUGGUCGUUCUACAGCUGCUCUUGGACGAGCGAAGAAGAGCUAUUACGGCGUUGAAAUUCAUAAAUUGCUAGAUGAAGCUGCGAGGGAUGUCAGGCAGUCCAAUGAUGCUCGGCAGGCAGAGUCUAUCUCAAUACGGCCGUCUAUUGAAUUCUCUGAGACGAAGCCAAACAUCAAGAAAUCUGCAACGACCAUGUGGACUGAAAAGUACCGCGCUCGUAAAUUUACCGAUCUCAUUGGCGAUGAACGUACACAUAGGUCGGUCUUACGGUGGUUAAAGGGAUGGGAUCCUAUUGUAUUCCCAAAUUUGGCAAAAUUACGUUCGAAGAAGCCUGGAGUGGACGACGAGGAACGGCCUCAUCGGAAGGUUCUACUGUUAUGUGGCCCUCCCGGACUUGGGAAGACUACCUUAGCCCAUGUUUGUGCCAGACAGGCCGGUUACGAAGUAUUAGAGAUCAACGCAAGUGAUGAACGAAGUAAAGAUGUGGUCAAGGGCAGAAUCAGGGAUGCUCUUGGGACUGAAAAUGUGAAAGGGAUGAAUGUUGAAGUUGGUGAUAACAAAGUGCGCAAGGCUGGGCGACCCGUGUGCGUUGUCAUCGACGAGGUCGACGGAGUGGUCAGCGGAUCUGCUGGCAGCGGCGAGGGUGGUUUCAUGAAGGCAUUGAUCGACCUUGUCCAUCUCGAUGAGAAAAAUGCAGCGUAUAUGCCCGGGCAGCAGACAAAGAGCGGGAGGAAGAAGAAGGGCGACAACUUUCGGUUACUGCGGCCGCUGAUUCUAGUCUGCAAUGAUGUGUAUCAUCCAAGUCUUCGGCCGCUGAGAGCUUCGUCUGUGGCUGAGAUGGUCCAUGUCCGCCAGGCGCCCUUGGAGAAUGUCGUGCAACGCGUAAAGCAUAUCUUCAACAGAGAGGGCAUUAUAUGCGACAAUGACGGAGUCAGAAAGCUCUGUGAAGCCUCUUGGGGCCUUGCUAGCAGAAAGCAGGGCGGCUCGAAACGCAAGGGAACCGGCGAGGGAGACAUACGAAGUGUCCUUGUAGAUGCCGAAUGGGUAGCACAUAAGCUUAGAAGUGAAGGCCCUCAUGCGAAACUGACAAGGAAUUGGUUGGAGCAAAAGGUCUUCAGCAACUCUGCGCAGGGUGGUUCAUCAUUCAAGGGUCUGAGUCGCGGAGGCGUACGGGAGAUCGUGGAUCGGGUCUUUACAGAAGGCGCCGGAUUUGCUGAUGCUCCUGUUGGAAUCGACUCCUUUCAUGAUCCCUUGUAUGGUGACGACGCCAAGGUGCCUCUCGGGGUGGCAGACAUUAAAAAGCGCCAUGCAAUGAACAGGCUGCGCGAGAUGAUCGACUCCAGUGGUGAACACGACCGAUGCAUCACUGAGUGCUUCGGUGCGUAUCCUGUCCAAGAGUAUCAGGAUGAUACGUUCCUUUCAAAACCAAAUGCAGCUUACGACUGGCUGCAAUUCCACGAUACUUUAUCAUCCAAAGUCUUCUCCGCUCAGGACUGGGAGCUUAGCGCGUAUCUCAGUCAGUCGGUGCUAGCUUUUCAUUAUCUUUUUGCUUCACCCAGCGGCAAAAGUAGUAUAACCAAGAAUGCCGAUGAUGAGGAAGAGGAAGAGGAGCACCCAUUCUCAGGGCCGAAAGCAGAUUAUGCGGCAUUCGAAUCUCAGAAACAAAACCGUGCUAUUCUGAUUAGCUUCCAGUCUUCCUUUUCAGCUCCAUUGAUACGGCUGUUCCGAUCAGUCGACAGUGUUGUGAUCGACCUGAUACCCAACCUCAUGCGGAUAUUAUCGCCCGAUGUCAAACCAGUGGUGAUUCGCGGUAGUGGCGAGCAAAGAAGCGUGGCUAGUGUCCGCAAAGAAAGUGAACGAGUGCUCGUACGGUUGGCUGUACGGGUGAUGGUUGGGUUGGGCGUAACGUUUGAGAAAGUCCGAGUCGAAAACGAAGGUGGCGCUUAUGGCGGAUGGGCUUACAGAAUGGAGCCACCCUUGGACAUUCUUGUGAGCUUUUCAAAAGUGAAAGGAACCUCACUGGCAUGCGCCGGUAGCUCCCCACCGGUGCGGUACGCAAUCCGUCAAGUCCUUGACAAUGAAUACCGGGCGGAAAUCAAACGGAAACGGUCUGGAUUGACGUCGUCGGACUCCAAAUCUAGGCAGAGAUCUACGAAAGGACCAGACCAGGAUGAGGUAGACCCCAUUUCUGCUAAGGCGGCUGCGACGAAUAUCAAGCGUGAUUUCUUUGGCCGAGUAAUCAAGGAAACGGAGUUGCAGGCAUCAGGUUCGGAUGAAAGGCAGAAAGUGAAUGAAGGUACGAGAAAGGUGUACGUUUCAUUCCAUGAGGGAUUUUCGAACGCUGUUCGCAAGCCAAUUUCCAUGAGCGAGUUCUUGGCUGGCUUGUGAUUUCGAUUAUAAUAUCUGCAGACGGUGGCUUAUGGUGAGGCAUUCUAUGAAGGCAUAUAGUAUAGAAUAUGCAUCAAGUUAAUUAGCGGUAUGAUUCUAUUCUGUUUAAUCUCAUGAAUGAGUCAAAUGGUGUUAGGUAUGUUCUGGAUUAUGCCAAGUAUGGUCUACCCAGCUUUGAUAGCUGCCUCCCCAGUAAUUCUUGUCGAUCGAAACAGAGAUGAAGACUAGAUACAAGGAGACAUAAAUGACUCAAAGAAAGUCAAAAGUAGCAUAUUGCUAGACUGUAGCAGCAGACGCAUAAGCAAGCAAUGGAUACAAUGGAUAUCAAGAACGGCAACCGAUGCGAGAGAUCCGCAAAAGUAAUCAAGGCAGAAGAGCUAACAGAAGUCCUUUUCUUGGCAAUUAUCACUUUAUUUUUAUCUUUUCUUUCGUUUUAACUCCCCCUCCUCGUAUUCGAACCGGACUGCAGAUCCACAUGCACUUGCACAGCCCUAAACUCUAGGCUGGAAACUCGAGAGACGGUGACUCACCAACACAAACCCACAGGCUCAUGUUGGAGUGAGUCAAACGUAUCCAUUGGGAAUCUAGAAUUGGCCUUUUUUUGAUCCAUGUCGGUGUGGCUUUCUGUAGCCGAGUGAGGGUGGUAUCAGAGGUAGAUGCGGAAUAGCGCAUGAUUCGUAUUCGUACGAGUCCAUCCCUUUCAAUGUUUCAAUAACCUUCAAGAAGCCAGAGUCCGGUUCAUUUCAUGGCCAUGUAAGUCAAAGUAGCUUCACGGUGUAGUUUCAUUCGCUUGCGGAAGGCUUCGUCUCGUCGGGCGUCUUCCUUGGACCGUGAGGUGGUAUCCUUCAACGUCGUCGCCUUUGAGGAGACGCUGAACACUGAUGCGGCGCCACUGGAGGUUGUAUUCGACUUGAAGAUGACGGUUCUGUCACUAUCAUUGCUGCGACGGGGGGAUGAGGAGGUUUCCUGCUUCUUCGGGGGUUUGGUAGACAUCAUUGAUUUAGGGGAGAAGUGCUUCAUAUAUGGUGACAUGGAAUAAAUUUCCAGAUGGUACGCAGUAUAGAGUCAAGAGUUAGAGAUAUCUCAAAUAAAAUUAUUCGAGGGUUUUUCUUUUAUUUUUCUUCCU